AUGAACUCACCAAUCUCCCUGUCACCAAAGGACCUCAAAAUCAUGGGUGCCAUGAUGCCUCCCCCGCAACGUCUCUUCAACAUGCGGAGCCCAUUCUCCAGGGCAAUCCUGCUGGCCGUCGUGGUGCUCCUGCUCUUCGUUAUGACGAUGAAGCAGAACACCUACGAUGUUCGCUCCGCCGUCAUGAAGGCUGCGAACACCGCCAAGCAGACCAUGACCACACAGCACCCGCUCGACUCGUCCGCCAACGCAUAUGGCGUUGACGACAGCCGGUGGCAGGACGUGCCCUCCAACAGCUCCGCCCUCAUGAACUGCAACUACGACACAAAACACCUCAAGGAGCUGCAGGACAGGUACGAGCUCGGCGAGCAGUUCGAGUACUUCAAGCGAUAUGUCAAGGUUUCGCGUCAAGACAUUGAGAGGAAGUCCAUGACCAAGCUUGACCAGCGAUUCCUCCCCAACACCGCUAAGACGGUCGACUUGGGCAAGAAGAACUUGAACGAGCAGUGCCCCGAGCCGCUUGUCGUGCCCGUCACCAAGUCACCCGCCCCUGACACUGCCAACCUGACCGACUUCAUCUUCGGUGUCUCAACCACCUACAAGCGUUUCACCGAGCCCGAGACGAGCCCCAUCAACGAUUGGAGCUACUGGCUUACGGACAACCACGGCAACUCCAACGGCGGCAAGAUGGUUCUGCUGCUCCUGGACGCCAGCGACGAUGAGCUCUAUGACGCCUGGGAUCGUCUGCACAAGGUUGGAAUUGACGCCGAUGUCUUCCACUCUGACAGCUCCAUGGAAAUGGCCGUCCGCUACCUGACCCUCGUCCCAACCCUCUACAACCACCGCGAACGACCCAACAAGAAGUGGCUGGUUCUCUGCGAUGACGAUACAUUCUUCCCCUCUCCCUCAUCACUCACCAAGCGACUGUCUGCUGUUGAUGCCAGUCGGCCCCUCUACAUUGGCACCUUCUCCGAGGAUGUCAAUCAGGUUCAGCGUCAUGGCUCCCAGGCCUUCGGUGGUGCCGGUGUUUUUAUCUCCCUGCCCGUCGGUCAGAUGAUCAACGAGCUUUACGAGACAUGCAAGACUCCCCAGAAGUUGCAAGAGGCCGAUUCCGGCUGGGGCGCCCAGGGAGACAUUCUCCUGCGGAAGUGCAUCUACGAGAACAGUGACGUUCGGUUGACUCUUGAGAACGACCUGUGGCAGCUUGACCUGUACGAGGAUCCAUCCGGUUUCUAUGAGAGUGGAAUCAAGCCUCUGUCCCUGCACCACUACCGCGGUGGCGGCUGGCACUAUGCUUACCCCUUCGAGUACACCAAGAUCGCUCAUCUCUGCGGUGAGGACUGCACCAUGCAGCGCUUCAUGACUGAGGAUGAUUUUGUCAUCUCCACUGGCUACAGCAUUGCGCAGUACCCUGAAGGUGCCAACUACAACUGGGACCAGAUGGAGCGAACCUUCACACCCGCUCCCGAGGACCACGGCUGGAACCUGGAUCACGCCUUCGGCCCCCAGCGAUCGUCGCUACUGAGGACCGGUGAAAAGAUUGCUUGGGACCUCAAGACGGCAAACGUCAACGAGGAUGGCACUGUCACACAGUUCUAUGUUCGGAAAGCAAAGGACCCUCGGUGGGUGGACGCUGAGGGCUGGCCGAUGAGCCAGGUCGACGGAGUCAUCGAGCUCGUCUGGCUUCCAUGA